GGAAGGAGCCGUAGUCACUCACCGCCUCCUGCCACCCGGCUACUUUUGCGCUGCUGGACACUUCUGACUGUUCUAAAGGGGCUGUGGUGUUACAUUGUAUCAGAAUAUAGCACUUAAACAUGGCAGUGAACACGGGCACGUCACUAGUGCUGUCCAGCCUGAUGUCAGUGCUGGUGUUUGCUGGUAUGCAGAUGUUUAGCCGACAGCUGGGCUCCACGGAGUGGCUCACCAUCCUCGGCGGCUUCAUCGGCUCCGUUCUCUUCGUCUGUUCCCUCACUGCUUUCAACAAUCUGGAAAACCUCAUCUUUGGAAAGGGCUUCCAGGCCAAGAUCUUUCCAGAAAUUAUUCUGUGCCUGUCCCUGGCUCUGUUUGCUUCGGCGCUGGUGCACCGUGUGUGUGUCACCACAUGCCUUAUUUUCUCUCUCUUCUCAAUCUACUACAUCAACAAAGUGUCCGCCGCGCUCUACCAAGCUGCUGCCCCCACCGCAACCCCCGCCAAAAUCACUGGCAGCAAGGGCAAGAGGAAGAACUGAAGCACACACGUUGACACUGGAUCAUCUGAACAGCAUUCAGUCGCAUGGGAGGAGGCAGACAAAACACACACACACACACACACACACACACACACACAGAUAUACGGUCUAUAACAGACACACACAUAUGUGGACAUACAUUCAGGUAUACUAUAUCUUCCCAAUUGUUUCCCAAUGUCAAGUGUAUGAGCCUUGUCAGCCUAAUUAGUCACGCCCAGUGAUUAGAUACUCUGCAGAGUUCACCAAAGACUAUCCAAUCACUGUACGCGAGUUCGAAGGCUGAUACACUUCGAAGGACGCACACUAGACAUUGAGAAACAGCCACACACACACUUGUCAGGGAUAAAAAACACACAUUCUCCACUCCCACUAAACCAUUAACUGAGCAUCUUGGCUUGAAAGGUGUUUUGUUGUGAUCCUCCUCUCAUAAAGUCCUGAUGAAUACAUUCCAGUGCUCCGAGCCAUUUGACGAAAUCGGAAAAAGAAAAAGUUUCACUGAAAAUGUUGCUGAGAUGUAUGGGGUUUUGUUUGGUUGUAAGAUUGCCUUUGUUUUGUUUACGCAGAUUUGUAAUUAAAGUGAAAAUGAAAAUCUAAA